CCUGGAUGUAUCCUGAUGAAAUCACGUGCAGUUAGAAGGUUUUUUUUUUGGAGGUUUUGCUGCAACGCAACAAACAGGCUGCGAAGAAGACUCCUGUUCCUGUAAUUUGGAUUUUGAACACGUGUGGUCCUACAUGGUUCCUUCUUCAAACUUGCCGGGGGGCCGGGAAGCUACGAUACCCGUUAGCAGCAUUAGCAGCACCUACAUCGGGAUGAACGGCGAGCUGAGAGACAGUCGCACCACAUCAGGAAAAAGAGGAAGCAGCGCCCUCGACAGGGUGUUAGACUACCAGCGUGUCCCCUCCUUGGCCCCGGUGGAUCCCAGUCCUGUCAAACGGCCCCGCCCUUCCUCCUCCUCCUCCUCCUCUUCCUCUGCCGCAGCUCUGAGGAUGAAGAGCAACAGAGGUGCCAGCAGGAGCAACAACGCAAGAUCCUCCUCCGACAGCAAAUUGAAGAUGGCGGAGCUACUUGCCAUAAAGAGGGAGCUGACUGUUAUCAAGGUUCAGAUCGACGGCCUUCUGGACUGCGUGGACAAGAUGGACAGACAGAGGAAGGACUGCUCAGAGUGUCCUCAGGGCAGAGAGCUCAGUGUGUCGGACUCUCCUCACCGAGGUUCUGUCAGCAGUCUGGAGAGAGAAAGUCCUGAACCAGGAGAGGCCAGCGAGGACGAGCCGCUGCACUACCAGCCCUACUACCCCCACAGCUACCCCCACAGGAUAAAGCAGCAUCCGUCUGAUCUGGAGGACGACCUGUGAUACUUUCAGAUCCGUCCAGAAACAGAAGCUGGGAUCGGUAACAGCUGGGAUGGAAUACGCUCGGAGGAGGCGGUGGUAUCGUGAAGUGCAUUGGACUGACUCUCCUCCAGCCCUGAAUCCAUCUCUCUCUUCUGCCCAUCACUGUCAGAUUAUAGAUUUCUGUUCUGCUGCACCCGUUCCCACUUCUGAAGACAAAAUCUCGUACAUCGCUGACUCUGGUGCUCCAUGACUCACAUAAUGACACAUGGGACAAUACAGCUAAACAUCUGUGAUUUUACAAAGCACCACAACGUUACAGUUUUUAAAAGAUCUCCUACUUUUUAGGCAGCCAUUUAUUUCAACCACACAGUGAUCUCAGAAUGCUCUUAAAAGAUUUGGUAACACUUUACUUGAAGGUAUCUACAUAACAGUGACAUGACACUGUCAUGAACACAUGAAGCCUAACCAUAACCCUAACCCUAAUCCUAACCAUAACUUGUCAUGACAAAGUUGAGGGACUGAAUGACGUUUCGGUCCCAUCAUGCUCUUGAUGAAGGUCCGGAGGGACCGAAACGUUCUGAAUAAAAGGUGAUGCUAUA